CUGGUCAUGAGCCCCAGGAGGGUGCUCAACACCAAGACUUACUGACUGACUGGCCAUCAGUUGCAAUGUGACGUUGACUUUAACUUGGGGAACAAAUUGGAUUGAACUUCAACUGAUACAGUAACAGUAAAAUUAGCAAUUCUGCCAGGGUUCUCUCUCCAGAGGAAACAUUUUUAUUUAUCGUUUUUUUUUUCUACAGCAUGCUGUUCAGGAGGAACAUUGGGAGGGAUAUUUAAUUAUUGUGUAUGCAGUGAAACUAUUAAGGUUUCUUUUUGAGAGCAUUGAAUUUGAACACUAUACUGAGGAAUAUCUUUAACACUGAAAGGAUAUACUUGGGACCUCUGAAAUUUAACUAUAAAUGAAGGACAAACAUUAAAUAAAAAAAAAACUUAAAUUGAGUAUUUAAGUGGGGAUUCCGUUGUAUGAUGUAUUAUGAUAUGAUAUAAUCCUGUGUGAUUGUGAGGCCACAGCUUAUUUAAGAUUUUGCCAGUUGGGUUAAUUUUUUAUGGAGCCAAGUGACUUUUAUGAUGCCCCCAUAAGCAGGGUCGUACACUUUAUUAAGAGAGUAGGAUUAAUAAAGGGCUAAUCCAAGGGGAAGCACAAUAGAUCAUUGAAGGUCACAGUGCGGGGGCCGAUUUUUAUGGCCCACCCCUUCCAUACAUUACAUGAUAUGAUAUGUUCACUAAUUAAGUCAUAAUAUAAAUGGCUUGACUAAAAUAAAGUGCUUUACAGUAGUAGAGCUUGUGCAAACCAUAACUCAUACAAAUGUUGAAGAUAAAGAUGAACUGUCAUAGGUUUGAUGGCUCCUGUUACGUAACGACAAUACAAAGUUUACUGAUAAAAAUAUGGGCAUGGUUUAACAGAUAAAGGACACACAUGUUCUGACAUUAACAAAAAAAAGUAUGUGUGUAAAAAUGAACAUGCAAAUUCUUAUCAGUUUCAAAUGAAUGCCUGUAGUUCAGUUUCAUAACAGCACUGGCUGUGUGAAUGCCAGUGUGGGCUCACACAGGAAUAAAACAGCAAGGACUGAGGGUUUUAUGAGAUUUCGUUGUCAAGUGCAAAAGAUGGAAGUGUGUCCUGAUAAAGAUAGUACUAUAUUUGAGCUAACAAAACAAGAAUUUGAAUCUUUGCUUUCCCCACAAUUGGGUUCUGAUGUCAGAGUGGAAGACUUCAAAACCCAGGCUCUCACUCAACCUGGGGAUAAUUAUGGCAGCGCCAUUCUAUCUGCAGAACUUAACAUUAAACAAGGUAACAAGAGAAACACACUCGCAUUGGUAGUUAAACUAGUACCACCAUCAGCGUUUCUUCGUGAGGCCUUUGAUAUUGAAGUUACAUUCAGCAAAGAGGUGAAUGCAUACAGGCUUGUAAGCCCACAGUAUAAGGAUCUACAAGAAGAGAAAGGAGUUCCAAGCAACAAACGUGUCGAUGUAUUCCCAAAGUUCUAUGGUGCUCGUACAAAUAAACAAGGAGAUUUUAAUGAUAAAUCAGAUGACACAGCAGUUCUUCUUUUAGGGAAUCUAAAGGUGGAUGGAUAUUGCACUGGAAAUCGCAGAAAAGGUCUCAACUUGAAACACAUGGAGCUGGGAGUGACUCAACUGGCCCGAUUCCAUGCUGUUUCAGUAGCACUCAAAAUCUUGAAACCAAAUGUCUUCAAAGAGACAGUUCUCAAAUCAUGUGACAGAUAUAUAGUAGCUGGCAUAUCAGAUGAUGAAGUAGCAGAGAAAUGGAUUACAUCUACAGUAAAUGAUGUGAAAUGUAUUCAAGAAUGUUUGCCGUAUCUUGAAAAGAUAGAAAGGAUUUUACGAGAGGAUUUGAAGAGGAAGGUGAAUCCUUCUCCUCCUCCUCCUAAGGAACCAUUUGCUACAUUUGUCCAUAAUGACUUUUGGGUAAAUAACAUGAUGUUCUUAUAUGAAACUGAUGAUGACAAUGCAAAUGAUCCAUGCAAGACUGAAAUUCCUAUCAGUAUAAAAUUUGUGGAUUUUCAAACCACACUCUAUGCCUCACCAAUCCAUGAUCUAAUAUUCUUCAUAUAUAGCAGUGCAGUUAGUGGUGUGGUAAAGGACCACUGUGAUGAUCUGAUAGGACUUUAUCAUCAUGAAUUCAUUGACUGUCUCACUGGAUUAGCAUGUGAUAUUGAUCCUUUCUCCAUAGAAAAGUUUCAGGAUGAACUCAAUACAAAUGCUCCAAAAGAAUUGCCACACAUCCUCUUCAUGGCAAAAUUCAUUACUGCUCAUGAAAAUGAAGUACCUCAGUUGUCAGAUGUGAAUGCUGAUGUAAUGCUUCAGGACAACUAUGGUGGUGAACUCUUUGAGGAAAAGGUUAAAUUUGUUGUGCAGGAUUUUGUGCAAAGAGGAUGGCUGUAACAAAAAAACUUAUCCUUUCUUCUAAGUUAUAUGCACUUCUGUGGUCCAAUCAACAGAACUUCCAAAAUUUCCACAUUUUCCCAUAGCUAUGAUUCACUAUGUAGUGGAUUCCAAACCUAAUUCAUAUGCAGGAGAAUCCAAUUUCUAAUUUUGCAUCCUGUUGCAUAUUUGUAUUGUACUGCGAUUGAAACGGCUGUCAGUGAUAUAUUUCAUGUGUUUAUGUGUGCAUAUGGGUGUGUGUAAUUAUUAAAACACAGUUCAUGCUUCAACCAUUUUUUUAGUUAUCUUCAGGUGCUACAUAUUGUCAAGUGUAUCUGGAGUAUCGGAACUAAUAACUGGAUUCUAGAUUUGAUGACUGGGUUUAUUUGACCUCCAUGUUACAAUUACACUCUAUCAUAACAGUUCACACAUUGAGCUCCUUCUGGAUAACGAAUCCCUCACUGUUGUUCAGAUCUUGCACCUCUGGUCUCCUCAAAUUCUGCAUAGCUCUGCUUAGUUUUCGAAAGCACGCCGAUUCACUGCCAACUCACUUCUUAUUAUUCUUAUUCUUCUCUACUACUACUAUUGCUACUUUCUAUUUGCUUGGAAUACCAAAUAGGGGACACUGAGUCGAACAGUUCAGCUAUUCAUUGUAAUGAAAACUACAUCUCCAUUGUGCAGGAAAUGUCUGUCUACAUUGCUGUGAGAACAAUGCUUAUCGAGCCAUUCCUUAACAACCAACUUCCAGCUUGUCAUCCC